UUAAAUUAUAGUAGCCUAUUGCUUCAAAAUUCAACAAAUUUCAGAUUAAAUACUUUGACGAAUGAAUCGGCAAACAAGAUAAAAUGGAAAACCGAAAAAUACGCGAUUUUGGAAACACACAGGAGGAUGCUAUUGAUUCCUUAACCAAUAGCAAUGAUAACAGCUCAUCUCGCACACUGCCAACAAAGAUCAUCGAUUCAAACAGCUCGCCGCCAUUAUUACCUGGUGUCCAAAUGGCCGAAAAGAUGCCGCAGCAGCAGCAACUGGAUGAAGAGCAACGUGAACAGAUGCCCGAAACAUCUGGAGCGGGCGGCGGCGGCCAGCAGUGCCAGAAUGAGCCAGAUGAGCCCGGUGUGCCCGAGAAGCAGAAGAAGCCCAAAUGCGACAAGUGCGGCAAAAAGUUUGGACUAACUGGUGGCUUCUCGUGUCGUUGUGGCGGCACAUUUUGUGCCUACCAUCGCUACAGCGAUCGCCAUGACUGUAAUUUUGAUUAUCGCGAAAUGGGCGCAACCCAGAUACGGCGCGAUAAUCCUGUAAUUGUGCCAGAUAAGUUGCGUAAGCUUUAGCGCAAGCAUACACUCAGACCCCCCAACGAUGAUGAUUUGACGUUUUAUUGCUGUUUCGUUCUCACAUACACAUGUAUAUACAUAUAAUCCUUGUUUAUGAUUUUUCUUUGGCAUUUGGCAACCGUUGGCUAAUUAUACUGCAAAUUC